UGGGCUAUAGUAGUGUUUGCUAUAAUGGAGUUUUAUUGUACCGUGAGUGGGUUGAUUUUAAAUGGAGAUAGUGGGAUAGGUGGUCAAGAUCACUCUCUCUACGGAUUCCUUCUUAUCUCUCUUUCUCUCUUUUUCUCUCUUUCUCUGUGUCUGAGCAAAAACUAAAAAACCCUCUGGUUUUUUAUGAGUAUAUCAACAGGUACUACUACCCAUAAUUUAUGAGUAUAUCAAGGGAUUGGGUUACUAUAUGAAGAUAUUCAAUCAAAGCAGCAAGGCUCCAUAUCAAGUGCGUACUUGGUAAAAUUUUGAAGAUACGAUAGUGCAAAUGAUGAUGAGUUGUAAUCACUAAGGGUCGGCUUUUGCAUUUGACAACACUGUACUAACCAAAAUGGUAGAGAGUGGCAUGUAUGCAAUGAGACCAGAAAUUGAAAUUUCGGGCUUUUCAUCAUCCCACCAAACUGAAGAAGAGCAGCUUGAUUUCCUCGAAAUUAAUCUACCUAAUUAUGAUCCUGGAUUGCCAGUUUGUCCCUUCUGCUCACUGCCUGUCUUUCCUAGCACUCUUGCGGAGCUAAACGAUUUCAAGGAAGAGAUCCCUGCCAUAUUUUUAAAAUACGAGUUGCCUCCACGCAAUUCAUCUGAGACAGAUGAAGAAUGGAGUUUCUUAGAUUUCUUGGAGAAAAUUCCGCCUGCCAAAGUUACAUGGGAAUUCGAUAAUAUGAAUAAAGUACUCCACUUUGGGCAAUAUUUUCGAAAAAUAUUUAUGGGUAUUGCGGACAUUCUGUACUCAUAUCAUAAGAGUAAUUUAUUUUCCGGUGAUGUCAUUGGUCGAAUGAGGAUUCAUAAUGACCUACGCAUUACCCACCCCUAUACACCCGCCAACACCAGUCAUAACGAUUAUUCAGAUGGGAAAUCAAGAAAAAAGAAAAAAGAUUUAGAUGGGAGAAAAGUAGAUAUCAUUCACUUCCGGUGGCUUGUUGCAAAGGAAUUGAGCAAGGACUUAUCCAGCAAUCUGCAUCAACUUCAGCCAAAGUUAUUCUCAUUCAAAGGAUAG